AUGGAGCAGGAACUCCUCUCGCUCCUGGCCGACACCCAGGCAGCCAAGGCCGACACCAGAAAAUCGGCAGAGUUGCAGCUGAAGAACCUCUACGCCCACGAAUCCUUCCCCAGCUCCCUUACAGCAAUUGCUUCCCACGCCUCGGUCCCCGUCAACCUGCGCCAGUCCGCCCUUUCCGUAUUGCGUACCUUCAUUUCCGCCGCCUGGUCACCUGUGCUUGAUGAAUUCAGAGGCCAGGUCCUCAUCAACGAUACAAACAAAGUCAACGUCCGCCAGGCGCUGCUGGUCCUCGCGACCAAUGAUACCCCCGAGCGCAAAGUGAAGAACUCUGCCAGCUAUGCUGUCAGCAAGAUCGCCAGUGCCGACUUCCCUGACGAUUGGCCCGAGCUGCUCCCGUCCUUGCUGCACAUCAUCAAUGAGCCUACCAGCACCGACGGUCAAUUGCAUGGCGCGCUGAAAGUUUUGCUGGAUCUGGUCGAUACAGGGUUCAGCGAGGAGCAGUUCUUCAAUGUCGCUCGUGAUCUUGUCUCGUCCCUUUUCGCCGUCGCUACUUCCGAGUCGCGGCGGCCCAUGCUGCGCGCGUUGGCCGUUGCAGUCUUCCGUGCUUGCUUCGAUACCCUGGAAAUGGUCCUAGAGCAACACAAGACAGCCAUCAAGCAGUUUAUGGAUGAGGUGCUUGGUGGGUGGUCGCCUUUCUUCGAUGUCACUUUGAAGACACCUCUCCCGCAGCCACCCUCCGAGGAAGAGGAGCACAAACAAGGAGAAAUUGCGUCGCAGUGGCGUGGCCUGGUUGGAUUAAAGUUACAGGUGGUCAAGACACUUAUGAAAAUUCGCAACGUCUUCCCGGCUUUGUUGACUUCACAAAGCACCCUUUUCUUCUCCACCGUCUGGGCCGAACUCACCAACGCUUUGCCGAUUUACCAAAACUUCUACAUUGAACAAGAGAGACAAGGUCGCCUGGAGGAUGGAGACGGACUUCCUCACUCCCUGGAUUUCCUUGUUCUAGAGGAGCUUGACAUCAUCCAAGCUUUACUCAAGGCUCCCCCAGUCAAGGCCGAGCUGCACCAGCAGUUGCAGAAUGCAGGUGCAGGUGCGAGCACCUCCAGCUGGCUUCCAGAAAUUAUGAAGCUUGCCAGUUCUUACGCCCAGAUCACAACAGAAGAGGAGGGCCUCUGGGAGAUUGAUGUGAAUCUCUUCCUUUCGGAGGAAACAUCUGUCACGGCAAAUUACACCCCUCGAACUUGCAGUGGAGAUUUGGUCAUCAAAACCGGUGAGUGGUUGAAGGCGACCGCAGCUGAAGCUCUCUUGAGCCAUAUGAAUACGCUUUUCGCGGAUUCGUCUGUUUCAUGGAAAUCUCGGGAAGCCGCCCUGUACAUCCUGAACAGUCUUCUCCGCGACUUCGGGGAGGUCGACGUUGAAAUCUCCUCCGAGCUGGCAUCUCACUUCGCUCAAUUUGUGCAAUACGCCACUCAACAAGAGCAGGAACUGCUCCGUGCUCGCGGCUACCUCGUCGCUGGUGCUCUGUCCAAGGUCGCUGGUGAGACUUUCAACCAGACCACUACUUCUUAUCUCGAGGCCACCUUGAAAGCGAUCAACGAAGAUCCCGCUGAGGUGGUUCAAGUGGCCUGCAUCCGAGUGCUGCAAGAUUUGGUUCCCUCUCUGCCGACCAGCCUUGCGCGUCCCUUCCAACCCGCCGUGAUUACGGCCAUCUCCGAGUUUAUUGCCGCCCAUGAUCUGCGGGAGCAAACCGAGGCCGAUGACCUCAAGGUCACAUUGGCUGAAACUCUCCGCGACACUAUCAUGGCCGACUCAUCAGUGGUGCUUUCAUCUACCGCCAUUGAUGUGCUUUUCAACAUUGCGAGUAGCGGGGCUGAAAACUUCCAAUUGACGCUGACUGUCACGGAGGCAUUCGAGGACAUUGUGGACCAAAUCACCGAUCUCGGAUCAGAUGCUUACAUGCGUCUCUGCGAGAAGGUGCUUCCGUCUCUGAUGGGCGCAAUUGACGUGGGCAACCUGACCGAUGAGAACGCUCUUACCAAUUUCGCCGCCGAUCUCCUGCGCGCGUUGGCCGAGCGUAGCCCUGAGCCGAUGCCCGCAGGAUUUGUGGAGACUGUUAUGCCCAAGCUGAACCGACUGCUUCUCGGCUCUGACGAGGCCGAGCUGAUUCGCCCGGCUACCGAAGCAGUGCGUCAUAUGCUCUCCCAUGACUUCGCCCAAUUCAUCGUCUGGCGCGACCCCGAAACCGGCAAGGAGGCCCUUGAAGUGGUGCUGAUUAUCAUCGACCGUCUCUUGGGUCCCGCAGUCGACGACAACGCCGCCACCGAAGUCGGUCAGCUGGCCGCCGAGUUGGUCGAGAAGGCUGGCUCCGAGCGCCUGGGUCCCUACCUCCCGCAGCUUCUCCAGGCCGUGGCCCAACGCCUGGCUACCGCCCAACAAGCCCAAUUCAUCCAGAGUCUCAUCCUGGUCUUUGCCCGACUGACCCUCAUUAGCGCCCGCGAGGUCGUCGACUUCCUGGCCCAGGUCAACCUGAAUGGCCAGAGCGGCCUUGCCGUCGUCCUGAGCAAGUGGCUCGAGAACUCCGUCAACUUCGCCGGCUAUGACGAGAUCAAACAAAACAUCUUCGCUCUCGCGCGUCUCUACGAACUUGCAGACCCGCGUGUGGCCGAGGUCCCCGUGAAGGGCGACCUGAUCAUCCAAGACACAGGCCGCAUUAAGACCCGGUCGCAGGCCCGUAAAAACCCCGACCAAUACACCACCGUGCCUGCACCCUUGAAGAUCAUCAAGGUCCUGGUGGAAGAACUCGGCGCGGCAUCCGGAAACAAGGAGAUGGAAUCGGCGGCCGCCCUCGACGACGCCGAUAGCGACGACGGCGACGACGACUGGGAAGACAUGCCCGGCCACGUCCUGGACCUGGGAAUUGGCGCCACCAAACAAGGAUUGAUGAACUGGGGUGAGGGUGGCUCGGAGAGUGUCUUUGGGGUGCGUCGUCGUGACGAUGAAACGCAGGGCUACUUGGCAGAGUUCUUCCGACAGGCGUCUACGCAGCCCGGAUUCCAGGAAUUUGACGACGAUUCUCUCUUCGACACCCAAUCCCUGCUAGGCUCGAACCUCUCUUUCGCCUCCUCCGUCCGGGACUAUAAUUACGAAAAUGGCCGUCGCUAUCACGCUUACCGCAAUGGCCAAUACCCCUUCCCCAACGACGAAGAAGAACAAGACCGGCUCGCCCUCACCCACCACCUCUUCAAACUCCUCACAGGCGGCGACCUCCACCGCGCCCCAAUCCACUCCCCCCGCCGCGUCCUCGACAUAGGCACCGGCACCGGCGAAUGGGCCCUCGAAAUGGCCGAACACUACCCCCACGCCGACAUCAUCGGCACAGACCUCAGUCCCAUCCAGCCCAACUGGGCACCACCCAACUGUCGCUUUUUCAUCGACGACGCCGAAAGCGACUGGACCUUCGACCCGAAUGAGAAAUUCGACCUCAUCCACGCCCGGAGUCUGUCGGGUGGUGUGGGUGAUUGGCCCAGACUGCUGAAGCAGGCCUAUACACAUCUCAAGCCUGGGGGUUGGUUUGAGGUGCAGGAAUUCGACCUCCUGGUCGCUUCUGAUGAUGGAACUCAUGAGCGGGCUACUGCGCUUGCUACUUGGCAGGACCUGUUGGUGCAGGCCAGUACCAAGUUCGGAAAGCCUAUGGAUGUGGCUGCUAGACUGGAGGACUGGAUGGAGAAUCAAGGAUUCAAGAAUAUCCUCGAUGACAAAUACAAGUGUCCUAUUGGCGGAUGGCCCAAGAACCGUCGAUUAAAAGAAAUCGGGCGCGUGGGGAAGGUCAUCUUCCUCGAGAUUGUUGAGCCAUACACGCUUGCUCUCUUCACCCGUGUCUUGGGCUUCUCAUAUCAAGACGCCCAGGAACUCAUGGAAAAAGUGCGUAAGGAGCUGGUCAGCAACUCCUACCAUCUCUACACGACCUUCCACUUCAUCUAUGGGCAAAAACCACUUGAGGGCGAGACGCCCUGA